AUGGGGGAAAAUAUUGAUACUACAAGCGACACUGCAUCGACAUUUUUGGACGAACUCAAUUCCCUUCGUUCGAUCUUACCAUCCGAUGAUCAUCUUCAAAUUCAACCAUCAGGCGACUUCGAACAAGUCAGAAUAAAACUUGAUCAAGAUAUUCAGAUCAGUUUCUUCUUUGAUUCACUACAAGUUUUCAAUCAAUCGUUAACAAUCAACAAUCUACAUGAUUUACGCAUCGGUAAAGCAUCCAAUAAGUGUCCACUAGAUCACGACCAAUGGACGAAUCUUCGAAAAUAUUUUGAUGAAACUCUUCGUCAAUCCAAAGAAACCACUUCUUUUCGAUCAAUUAUUCAACUAGUGCAAGAUCAGUUGUUAGAAUUGAGAGUGAACAAUCAGAAACGCAAGCAGAAGAACAGAAAAAAUGAAAAUACAACUGCAGUAGAAGAAGAUCUUUCGUCAUCAAACAAAUUUCGAGGAGGUGAUCUGAUAUUCAGUCGCAUUCUUCACGAUAAAUCGAUCGACCGAUCGCAAGUUGUGAUUGGAUAUGAAGAUCGUUUUACUGGCAUACAUGAAAUUGCAUUUAACGACUUCAAGAAAGUUCAUGAUGACCGGUAUGGUGUACCAAUGCAUCGCAUUCGACAUUUCAAAAUUGGUGGUCGUACGGUAUGGGAUAGAACGAAAAAACUAGAUGUACUAACUGGAAGUGAACAGCAAGAAGUAAUAUUAAAUGAUAUGGGCCAAGGUAUACCAACAACCCAAGGAUUGUAUCAUUUUGAUAACUCUCUCGAACAAUGGGUUCAUCUUCCACAUACAUCAUUAGCAUCAGAUGAUGUCAAAAUGCCCUCCACAAAUAACUCGCUUCUUCCGCAACCACUUCACUGCCUCACCUGGAAUAUUCUUUUCGAUUAUCACCAUCCAGAGUUGAUCUUUACUCCACAACGAUAUCGUGCUAUACUUCAUACUCUUCAAUCGUUGUUACCCGAUUUGAUCUGUCUACAAGAGGUUACCCAACCGUUUCUCAAACUUCUUCUCAACGAAAUGUGGCUUCAAAAGAAUAAAUAUUACAUUAUCAUCAUGAAAGAUGUCAUCAACAGUGAACAAUCCAAAACCUAUGGGCAACUGAUGUUGAUGAAGAACUUUGAGCCACGUGCACUCUCUAUCGCACCGCUUGAGUCUUUAAACGACCAAGCAACAACAACAACAACAAGCACGAUGCAAAAAUCAACAAAGGAAAUUAUCAUUGCUCGAUUCGGGUUGAAUACUAAAGUAACCAUCGAUAUUGUCAAUCUUCAUCUCCACAGCAAUCGAUCUCGAAAUGCAGACGAAAAACGAUGUCAAACACUGGAGAAUCUCUUCACUCGGCUAAAUACUCAAAAUUAUAUGCUAGUAGGAGAUUUUAAUUUCGGUGAUUUUGAUUUGAAAGAACAAAAUUUACUCGAAAAAUACGAAUCUAAUGUCCAUGAUCUCUGGAAAAAAGCAUACGAUCUCGAACAAAAUCCAGGAUUCACGUACGAUCCAUCGAAAAAUAUGUGUGCAGAAAUCAUGUCACGCACACAAAUCAAUCGUCGUUUUGACCGAUGUCUUGUUCACACUUUAAAUAAUCUGUAUUAUUUCGUUGAACAUCUGAACAUGAUUGGUACGGAUACGAUUGCAGUCGAUGAUGACAGCGGGAAACGAAUAAACCUUUCUGAUCAUUAUGCUCUUCAAUUGAUUAUUAAUUUUCAAACCCGAUCCAUUAGCCAUCGAUCAGCAUUUGUCAUGAUUCCAAGCAUAGAACAUUGGCCAAUGAUUGACAAGUAUCGUGCAGAGUACGAUCCAUCGUUUGAUCGCUGGCCAGCACAUGUGAAUAUAUUGUGGCCGUUUUUUGAUUUAAAUGGAUGUGAAGAUGAUGAGGAGAAUAUUCUGUUGCCGUUACGAAUGGCACUGAGUGAAUGUGAAGCAUUCGAUAGUGAAGUAAAUGAAAUUGCAACAUUUGUGGAAAACAACGUAUGCUAUAUGAGGAUUACAAAAGACUCGACGAACAAAUUGAAAGCAGUGUAUGAACAAGUGAAAGAAUUGUUUCCACAAUGCUGCACAAAUAAACGAAGUCCCUAUACGCCGCAUAUGACCAUAGCGCAAUUCGAUAGUACGGAAAAACGUCUUCAAGCAAUGCCAAACCUCAUGCUAUGCCUGAAAAAAAUGCGUUUUCUUCUAGCUCUAGAAAAGUCGUUUACCUUUCCUGUUCAACAUCUAUACGUUCUACAACGACCACAUGACAAUGACACAACUCCCUUCCAUAUCACCUAUCAACUACCUUUGGGUCCUAUUCUGCCACCACUAUAUUCUCAAAAACAACAACAGCAACAGCUACAUCAAUUCUUUCAACAGAUGGACCUCUACGAAAGUUCACAAUUAUACGAACAAAAACAAGAUAAAUUCAACAAGUUGCGAACAUGUUUUGCUGAACUAUUCAACAAAGACACGUUACAUUGUUUCACCCAUCGCUUCCUUCCGUACGGCAGUUUUCGGAUUGGUGUAAAGGGAGAAGAUGUUGAUACGGUGUUUCUAUUACAUGAAGUAGAGACGAAUGACCAGGGAACAAAUUUGGACGGCCAAUUGUUGAAGCUAAAGAACGAUUCAAAUGCACUGAAUAAUUACGUGGUUGAAUUGUUGGAAACACGGAUCAAUUCCGUGUUCAAGGACGAAAUAUUAUGGUGUCGAAAAGUUCAAGCUUUGUAUCCUCUCAUGUACAUUCUAUUCUCUGAUCAAACUAAAGUGGAAAUCUUUGUGCAAAUUAAAACAAUCAAAACAUCCUCAGACGAAUCAAAAUUUGAGAACAAUGCAAAUGCGCAAGAUUCUGUACAUGGUAUUGAUGAAAUGGAGCAUCUUCUCAUUCAUGCGCGUUCUCCACCUAUCUUCCAACGUCUUCUAUCUUUUGUUCGCACCUGGGCACAACACGUUGGAUUAUAUGGACAAGUCUAUGCCUACCUGGGUGGUUUCUCAUGGGCCACUCUCGUUGCGCACAUUUGCCAUUCGUCCCUAUCGCCGAUCGAUUCGCUUUCGUCGAUCGAAAACUUUUCCAUCGAUGAUUUCUUUAAUUUAGUCUACAAAUUCUUUUCCACUUAUGCGCAAUUCAACUGGUCAGCACAGGAACUUCGUUUACAUUCCAAAUCAUCUCAACAGCCAACUUCUGCGAAUAAACCAUCAGUACAGAAUCGUGGAGCAAUGAGAAUCAUUUCUCCAAGACCACCGUACAACAACACAGCUCGUGCUACCAUGCACUCAACUCGUGAUCUCAUUGUGCAAGGUUUUCAACGUGUCGUCAGUCUACUCAAUUCGAUUAAUACCAUCACUAUGGAAGAUAAAAUGAAAGCGCUCUCACAAAUACUUCAACUGAGCAAUGAAUUUCCAAAUGAAAAGAUCAAGACAAUGUUACAACUGACAUUGUCUGGUGCGAAUACGAAUGAACUCGACGAAUGGGUUGGCUGGGCGAAGUCACGAUUAGCUUUUUUUCUGAAUGAAUGUGAAAGCAAAUGUCAUUUGACAUUUCAAACUCAAAAUCGCAUCGAAUACGUAAAGGAAAAGGAUCAAGCAGUAUAUUCAAUUGGUUUUCCGCUUGAUGAAGUUUCACUCGAUAUUCAACGAAAUUUUCACUACUGUCUGAAGAGAUUUCUCGAACAAUUCGAUGUCUAUCCAAAUCGCAAGAACACAAUGACAAUAUCACACAAGUUGAUAUCAGCACAUGAUUGGAAAAUGGAACGAAUGCAACCGAAACCACCAAGAACAAGAAAUCAAUAA